AUGCCUGUUAUCGAGGAUUAUUUGGCGAAACUCGGAAGAGGACGUUUGUGGAGCAAGCUAGACAUUGAGGAAGCAUUUCUUCAAGUCGAGCUCGACGAGGCGUCUCGUGAUGCAAAUACUUUCAUCACUGUGCGAGGUCUUUUCCGCUUCAAGCGUUUGCCGUUUGGUUUGGUGACGGCACCUGAAUUGUUUCAAAAGACGAUGGACGAAAUUCUCAGUGGCUGCGAGGGAGCACAUUGGUAUCUCGACGAUGUGAUCGUUGAGGGGCAGGAUCUUAAUGAACACGAUAAACGGUUUAACAAGGUUCUAUCUCGACUGAAUGAUCGAGGUGUAGAACUCAAUUGGGACAAAUGCCAACUGAGGGUGACUGAACUCGACUUCUUGGGGCACAAAAUUGCUCAAGACGAAAUUAGGCCUUCAAAAGUUAAAACACAUGCUAUAUUGUCGUUCAGAGAACCUAGCAACGAAGCGGAAGUUCGUAGUUUCCUUGGGCUCGCCAAUUAUAUGAAUAGGUAUAUUCCAAAGCUGUCCUCAAUUGACGAGCCUCUGCGGAAACUUCUACACAAAGACUCCAAAUUCGAAUGGAAUGUGGAACAGACUCAAUCUUUUCAAGUUAUCAAGGAAGCAAUGGCAGAUGUCAAAUGUCUAGAGAAGGAAGCGUUGGCGUUGGUAUGGGCUGUCGAGCGGUUCCAAUACUAUUUGUUGGGCAAAUCAUUCGAUUUAUUCACUGACUGCAAGACGUUGGGUUUCCUUUUCUCCGUGCGUACUAAACCAUGCGCUCGCAUUGAAAGAUGGGUGCUGCGGUUACAAGCGUUUGAUUAUAAGGUUGUUUUUAUAUCGGGUAAGAACAAUGUAGCAGAUCCUUUGUCACGUUUAUCUGUAUUGAGCCCAAUUCCUUUUGAUUCGAACGAAGAAAUUUUUGUUAGAGAAGUUGCUAUGCAUGCAGUAAGCUCAUCGGCUCUACAGUGGAAUGAAAUAAGGGAAGCAUCAAGGAAUGAUCGGGAAAUUCAGGAAAUUCUGGGCUUAUUAUUGGACGGUAAUACCCAAAAUCUUCCAGUAGCCUAUCGAGUUUUAGUUAAUGAGUUAUGUGAGCUACAAGGUGUCCUUCUUCGGGGGGACCGCAUCGUAGUACCGGAAUCCCUAAGAAAGCAAGUAUUACAAACGGCCCACGAAGGACCCCCGGGCAUAACAAUGAUGAAAAAUCACCUUAGGUCCAAUGUGUGGUGGCCGAAAAUUGACGUAGAGGUGGAGAAAUUGGUGAAAAAUUGUAGAGGUUGCACAUUAGUAGCGGCUCCUGAGGCUCCAGAACCAAUGCAAAGGAGUCAGCUUCCGAAGUUUCCAUGGCAUACGGUAGCAAUAGACUUUCUUGGCCCUCUUCCUGAGGGACAGUCUCUCCUAGUCGUGAUCGACUGCUAUAGUCGCUUCAUGGAGAUAUGUGAAAUGGAUAAAACAACUGCGGGUGAUGUGAUAAAGGAACUGUCGGUUAUGUUUAGCCGAUACGGGAUUCCGGCAUUGCUAAAAGCUGAUAAUGCUCCACAGUUCAGCUCGGAAUGCAUUGAGUUCAAAAAGUUCUGUGAUUCACACGGCGUGAAGCUUUCGAACACAAUUCCGUAUUGGCCUCUAACGAACGGGGAAGUCGAGCGACAAAAUCGUUCCAUCCUGAGAUCAUGUUUGGGCGUCGCAUCAAGAGUAAGCUACCAACAAUCUCGACUUUUCAAGAAGAGGCGGAAGUGA